UAAUAAUGCUAAUUUGCCCCAAAAUCGCAUUUCUACAACAGGCUCCAAAAAACUAGCCGUUACGGAACUCCCGUAUCCAACCAACGUUCACCUUAUUCUCCCAUUUUCUUUCCUUCUCAAUUUCUCACUAUCAUCGCACAAAACCCAUCUCUCCCUCUUUCGCUCUCUCCUACUCUCUCUAUCAUUUCCAGUUUAAGAAAGUAAAAUGGCGACUCCAACAAGAGACGCACAAGGUGUUCGAUUAAAUGCCGCCGAGAAUAUAAAGAACCAGGAGAAUUCAAACCCGAAUUUGAAAUCAUCUCCUUUGAUUAAAUCCGCUAAAACACAAAUGUCCGGGGUUAAAAACCCUAAUCGUUCAUUUAUUUCACCCAAAAAGAAGAUCAGGGAGAGGAAAUUUGUGGUCGCGAAGAAGAAUAAUGCGAAGAAACAAGAUAUGAGUCGGAAUUGUAAGUGUAAAGAUAGGGUUAACGGGAAGUGUUUGUGUGUUGCAUAUGAGAAUUUGAGGGUUUCUCAGGAGGACUUUUUUAAGAGUAGGGAUGAUACUGGGGUUGAGGAGUGUGAAGAUUUUGAUAAACCCAGAAGUAAUGAUGGUGGGGAAUGUGAAUUUAGGGGUUUGGAGGAAGUGGGUGGUUGUGAUCCGGAGGCGGCCGAAUCCCCAAAAGGGUUGGGAAGUUCAACAACGAAACGGAGGAGGGAUAUACUGUUGGAGGAAGCGAGGGCAAGUGUUCCGGAGUCGGGUUCAGGGAGGGUUUUGCAUCUGGUGAAAGCGUUUGAGAGGCUGUUGACAUUGCCUAAGAAAUCGGAUGGUGAUCAUAAAGAUGAUGAUGAUGAGGAGGAAGAGGAUACAAAGAAAGAACUUAAAUGGCCGUUGCCUGGAUUGCAGCCGCAACCGCCUAGAGCUCCUGAGACCCAGGAAUCAUCGUCUGCAUUUUGUCCUGGCGAAUUGUUCUUUAAUGCAGGAUUCGAUGCCCAAGUCUCUUCUUCAUUGGAUAGUAGCAGGGGAAGUGUUUCGAGCAGAAGUUCGGUUGGAAGUCGAAGAAGCAGAAGAAGUGGCUCAUUUUCUUCUGGGACUGUUGGUGGAAGAAAGUGGACGAAGAAGGAACAGAAGAAAGUCACAUCACUGAGACCAUUCAGGCUUAGGACAGAGCAAAGAGGAAAAAUGAAGGAGGAGGAGUUCGUAAAAAAAUUACAAGAGAUGAUGAUUGAAGAGGAGAAGCAGCGGAUUCCUAUUGCACAAGGCCUUCCAUGGACAACUGAUGAACCAGAGUGUCUGGUAAAACCAGCAAUUAAAGAUAUCACAAGACCAAUCGACCUGAAGCUGCACAGCGAUGUUAGGGCUGUGGAGCGUGCAGAGUUUGACAACCAGGUGUGUGAAAAAUUGACGUUGAUAGAGCAAUACAAACUGGAAAGAGAGAGGCAACAGAAGUUAGAAGAGGAAGAAGAAAUAAGAAGAUUAAGAAAGGAACUCGUCCCGAAAGCUCAGCCUAUGCCUUACUUUGACCGACCUUUCAUCCCCAGAAGGUACACGGUCCGAAAAGCAACCAACUGUCCCAAAAGAUCCAAGGUUUCAAUUUCCCCAGCAAAAGAAGAUUAAAUGCUGCGUUUCAUGGAAUGGACUGAAUGAUUAUAUCCAUACAGCAUCAUGACUGGGAGAAGCUUAAACAUAACAGUUUUAAAGAAAAUUGAGUGUUGCCUAUGCUUGAAGAUGUGAUCAUUCUUUUAUUCAAUUUGGCGCUGUUCAUAAAGAUUUUUUUUUGUACUAUUUUGUCGAAAUAUUAGAACAUUAUAUUGCUCCAACUUUGCGCAUCAAAUGCUUCUCUAUUUGAGCUUGGAGAAAGUUUCACUAACUAUUUGUACACAAAAUUUUACUAUGUCCUUUCAAUUUCA